GAAAAACUAGUGUCGAGACUCUCAUACCUUCAAAGUGGAUGAGUCAUUUUUUAUGCUUUUCUCUCGCUACAUGCGUUUAGUGAGAGAAUGCGUAGGAGUCGUUUCGUCUGGACCUAUGUGAAUUCCGAUCCAGAAGAUGAUAGCAACCGGAGCAGAUAUUUAUCGCUUCAAAAGCAUUCCAGCCCAUUCGAUAGCAUCAGUUCGGUCUCGGGUGUUGUGCCGCGUGGUCGGAAAAUUUAUGGCGAGCAGUUUUCGCGCUCAACUUUGUUCAGUGACUAACUUUAUCUUUUCUUUUUUUUCUUGGUAUCGUGGAAACUUUGUGGCUCAAGAAAUUCAACAACUGUUGCUCAUUUUACACAUUGCUGUUGUUCCGUCGUGUGAGAGUGUCGGUCGUCGAUGGUUGUGCCAGUGCGAUAAAGUGAAUGAGUGAGCGAGGCCAGUCAUGGUUGAAAAAUGCAAUAUGGAAAAUAACACGAGUGCAUACUAACAAUCGAGGAAUGCAAAUAAAUACCGCCGAGAGAGGACCAUAUGCUCUGGAUCAAAAUUGUUUGAGGUGCAAAUAGUGCUGCCUGUCGUCCCCAGUUGGUCGUGAGUUGCCAUAAGCGGAUGCCACCGGGAAAAGUCAGGCAAACAUGUUUGGAAAUACUACGUGGAACGAUACCUUCGGCUGGUACAACGAGUCCGGCUAUCAUGGGAACGUGACAAACAUUGAAAAAAUUGUAUCCAUGAUGGUGCCGGUGUUCUUCGGACUGAUAGGACUCGCCGGAUUAAUAGGAAAUGGCUUGGUCGUACUAGUUGUUGCCGCCAAUCCUAACAUGCGAUCAACUACAAAUUUAUUAAUAAUCAAUUUGGCGGCUGCCGACCUGUUAUUUGUGAUAUUUUGUGUACCAUUUACCGCGACUGAUUAUAUCCUACCAGAAUGGCCUUUCGGACUGAUGUGGUGCAAAUUUGUACAAUAUAUGAUAGUGGUUACUGCCCAUGCCAGCGCGUACACCUUAGUUCUUAUGUCCUUGGAUCGGUUUCUUGCUGUGGUCCAUCCAAUCACCAGUAUGUCGAUAAGAACCGAGAAAAAUGCUGUGAUAGCAAUAACCGUGGCUUGGUUCAUCAUUGUGACCACAGCAAUUCCAGUCGCCAUAUCUCACGGAGUGCUGCACUAUCCUAGCAGGGGAGGCGAUUAUACCGCUUGUCUCUUUCUUCACACCGAAGGAUACAGUUUGAUUGCAUUUCAUGUAUCGUUUUUCCUAUCGUCGUACGUCGUCCCACUGACGCUGAUAUCGAUGCUGUACGUCGGGAUGCUCGCCCGGUUAUGGAAAGGUGCACCGGGCGGCCGGGUAUCCGCUGAAUCAAGGAGAGGCAAAAAGCGCGUCACCCGAAUGGUGGUAGUGGUUGUGCUGGCGUUUGCAAUUUGUUGGUGUCCUAUUCAGAUCAUAUUGGUGCUGAAGUCCUUCGACGUGUACGAAGUCACACACGCCAGCAUCAUCAUACAAAUUGUGGCACACGUACUGGCGUACACGAACUCCUGCAUUAAUCCGGUGCUGUACGCAUUUCUGUCGGACAAUUUUCGGAAGGCAUUCCGCAAGUGUGGGAUCGGUGUGGAGUUGUAAUUGAUAAAGAUUAUUUUUCUCUGAUUUAUCUUUGUGCUGCACCGAUGCACGCCGAUGGACAACGAACGGACCGGAUCCGGAACAACAGGUGGUAUGGUGUGGAAAGCCUCCGUCGCUGUUGCCUCAGGGCGGUCCACAGACGAAAACCACCCGCACCGGCAACGGAACGUCCAAUGCGGAUGUUUUGUGAGUGGAAGUUGGCGCCGAUGGCGGCGGUACAAGCGGAGGUGAUAGCAAACUCGUUGAAAAGUACAUCGAAAUUACUAGUGCACUGAAAGGCGGCUUGCAGUAAUGACAAGCAUAAAAAUGUUUUUAAAUUUACCAUGGCAAAACAUGAUCAUCGACCCACCAACGCUUCUUGUGUGCGUUUUGUUUCUUCUCACAUCAACCGGUUCGAUAGCCGAGUGGUAGCGUGCGAGCCUGGUGAUGUCAAGGUUCUUGGUUCGAAUCCGGUUGCCAACAGAAACUUUUUUUAAUUGAAAAUCGAGUCCAUGGUAAAAUUAAAAACAAAAUUCUGUUGAAUUAAAAAGAAACUCAGUCUGCACAAAUUUAGUGGCGUUGUGUAUUUAAAUUGACCCUCAGAAUAGUAAUUUCAACCGCAAGCCUCCGUUCAGUGUGUGUAGGAUAACCACCUGCUUGGUGCAUUGUAAAUAACUAGAGCAUAAAUCAUCCAAGUCGUAGAUUAGAUAUAGGUACUGGGGUGGUUCGACAAAUCGUGUUUUACAUAUCUUAACAAGCUUCCAUGUCAUGCUUCAAUCAUUAAUACUAUACAAAAGUAUGUUUUGUAUAUUUGGGAGGAACCUAUAUGAAAAAAAAAUCAGUGUGAAUCAUUUAACUGAGCUGAGCGGGAGCUUGACUGACCCAGUAGAUGGUACUCCAGUAACGCCAGAACAGCUACAUUCACGAAAGGAAUCAAUGAGAUAGCUGCUUGGGACUGACAGGCAUCUUUAGUGUGUGAGUGUUCAUGUUCUGCUAUUUUUAGGUGGGAAUGGCGUCUGCUGCGUUAGAUUGCAGGAUAAUUUAGGGAAGGGUAUAGAAGUGAUGAUUUUAAUGGCUUGAGACAGAUCGCUCAGUCCUCUGCGUAUGCACAAGUUCAUGCUGGGAUGUCGGAGAUUUAGGGACAACUCCGGUCGCUGAAGUAUACAAAAGGCCUCCAGGUGCCAUAUCUGUUUUAAGUCAUCUAACAAACGAUGGUAUCUCUUCACCUUACCAGAGAACGUUGAUUUUACAUUUUGGACUAACGGUACAGCGAUUACGAUGAGGAUUAACAGUUCCCGAUCUGUUUCCAGAACACACUAGUAGGACCAUCGACCACAGUCUAAAGUUAUCACGCGUACUACCAACCUCCGCUGCCCGUCAGCCGACCUGAAACUACAACCAAACUGGCCGAAACGCCUGGACUGACAGCAAGCGUACCUAGCGAAUCUUAAGUUUUGACAUGAUCUCAUCGCCUAGCCUCGAUGGGUAACAACACCACCUAUCGGCCGUUGAAAAAAUAAAUGAAGUAAAAUGCAUACGGACAAACGCCGUUUAUCAUGUAAAAUGGCAAAGUUUGAGUUGAUGUAACUAUGAUUUGCUUUAAUGGAUUAUGCUUAAUUUUUGGCAAGGAACCACCAAUAUGUUGAAUUUUACGUAUAUGAAGUACACAAUGUUUACGUUCACAAGUCUGGGCGUGACAAGGCGAUCAAAAUGUGCAAAUGUGAUCGGACAGCGGUUCCUCUUUGAUUAACCUUCGCCGUGCAUUAGGGUAAAGAUAACCCAAAACGCGAUUUCAAGCAUUAAAGACUGGACUCGAAAAAAAUGAGACGCUCAAAAUAAUGUAUAACUUUCGAUUGCAUUCACAAAAAUAUUUGAUUUUUUAACCAGGAAUAGCAUGUUAUGUGUAGUUAAUGCCCUAAAAAUUUCAUCAAAAUCGGUUCAGUAUUGGCGCAAAUAUUGUCGAUAAAAUAAAACAUGAUUUUAGAAAUUUUGGGCUUCCAUUUUAAAAAUUGUUUAGUCUGAAAAUUUGACUGUUCAAGAAAGUUCUUCAAGAAAGUUAUAAUAAGUGGUGAAAAUUUCAUUAUAAUCGGUUCAGUACUUUUUUUUAACAAUUCACACAAAAACGGGGUUUUCAAAUUUUGGGCACUUUUUAACAUUUUGAAAUCAGUGUGCAUUAUUUUGACUGUAGAAUUGGCAACACUGUCCCGAUUUUUUUUUGAAACUUUUACAGAGUAAAAUCGUUGUGUUAAUCUGUUCUCAGUGAAAAUUUCAGCCAUUUUGAUUGAACAUUUUAAAAGUUAGAGCAUUUUGAAUUUCACUACACCAAAAACCACAUCUGCUUAUUGUGACAUAGUGCUACAUAUAUGGCUAUAACUUUUUAAAGGUCAAAUCAAAUUAAAUGAAAUUUUGACACAAUACAUCUACAUACAUACUUUUUGUACAUAAAAGUUUUCAUUGAAAUCGGUUCAGUAUUUUUGGCUCUACAGUUUUAGGUAAAAAAUGUGAGAUUUUUUAAAGUGUUUGUUUGGCCCAAGAUUCUCAAAUGGUAAAUCUCUUGUUUCGACGAUAUCUCCGCCAACACUCAACCGAUUUUGAUGAAAUUUUUAUGGUAUUAGCUACACAUCAGCUAUUUUUGUACACGCAAUCAAAAAUUACACAUUAUUCUUUGUGUCUCAUUUUUUCCGAGUCCAGUCUUUAAUAUCUUUUUUGUUUAUUAACUAAUCGUAAUGAAACUUCCUGCCUCUUAAUAUUUAGCAGAAACGAAGCAGUUGACGAUUUUGUUGUUUCUCAAGGUGAAACCAAAAUGGCAACACACAAAAAAGUUACGAAUAGAGCAUUGGGUUCAUUAUGACCCAAAAAUUCGAACUCUUAUAGAAUGAUGAAUUUUCUACCAAUUCAAAUGACCAACGUCUUGUUUGAAAGAUAAUUUCCUCAAAAAUGUAUUCAUAUGAUAAAACAAUAGUUCCGGGAACAUUGGCCACCGGGAAUCUGCUACAAAGGGCACCACGUCGGACAUGUUGGAUAGCAUUGUAUUUUGACAGUAGUUGUGGAAUAUCUCGCGUUCUGGACCAUUUAGAAGGAUACUAUCUUCGGCAAAGUUGCUCAGAACACUAAGAGCUUUUGCAUAGAGAACAAUUUAAUUCGAUAAUCGCCCACUGCAUUAAGUAUUUCAUUGGACAUUUCCUUUGGAAAAUUCCAUCUGUUAUUACUUUGGAAGUUCUAUUAGAUACUCUCUUACAAAUUGAAGGGAAUGGCCGGGAAAAAUAUCAUAGGACUAAGGAAUUUCCAAAAAUUAAAAUGAUUGCCAGAGAAGUUUCCAAAAAAAUAGCCGAAAAAUUUCCAAAGCUACAUUGCUUUCUACAAGAAAAACUUUAUUCUCCCGAGCAAGUUUGCCGAAGUCGGAUUUCUUGAAUGCGAGAACACUAGAGCCACGCAGUGAGUGAUUCUCGAACUAAAUUGUUUUAUGCGAAGGCGUAAAUUGUUUUCAGUCUUCUGAGAAACUUUGCCGAAGACAGUAUCCUUCUAAGUGGUCCAGAACGCGAGAUAUACGACGUUUAGACUAAACUAAAAGCUCACAAACAAAUCAGCGCCACCCAGUGAAUGAUUCUCGAAUUAAAUUGUUUUCUAUGUGACAGCUCUUAGUUUUCUGAGCAACUUUGCCGAAGACAGUAACCUUCUAAGUGGUCCAGAACGCGAGAUAUACGACCUUUGGACUAAACUGAAGGCUCCCAAGAACGCUAGCGCCACGCAGUGACUGUUACUUGAACUAGAUUAUUUUUUAUGCGAAAGCUUUUAGUCAUCUGACAAACUUUGCCGAAGACAGUAUCCCUCUAAGUGGUGCAGACGGCGAGAUAUUCCAUAACUACUGGCAAAAUAUAAAGCUAUCCGACAUGCCCGGCAUGGCGCCCUGUGUAGCGGAUUCCCGGUGGCCAAUGUUCCCAGAAUCGAUGUUUACCAAGAUAAUUUCGUCCAGAAUGUGUGAAUAUUCUGGACGAAAUUAUCUGUCAAAUAAGAUGUUGGUCAUUUGAAUUGGUGAAAAAAUUAUUAUUCUAUAAAAGUUUAGAUUUCUGGGUCAUAAUGACCCCAAUUCGUAACUUUUUAUUUAAAACCCGAAAAAUGUUAAUCAAUCGAAAGCUCGUCUUUACAUGCAAUAAUGGCGUCCACUUUACCUUGUUAUGUCUAAUUCUGCUUCCUUUGUGGGGGCUCUAACCAGGUAGUACCAACCCUGGGGAAUUCCUUCCUGUUAAGGACAUACAGACGUUCACUGCCCAGACAACACUAGUAGUUUCUACGUUCUGCCCUAACACCGUAGAUCUUCUUCUUCUUCUUUAUGGCUCUACGUCCCCACUGGGACUUGGCCUGCCUCGCUUCAACUUAGUGUUCUUUGAGCAUUUCCACAGUUAUUAAUUGAAGGGCCUGCCAUUGCAUGAAUUUGUAUAUUGUGAGGCAAGUACAAUGAUACAGAGAGACAAUUUUCCCGACCGGAACGGGAAUCGAACCCGCCGUCUCCCUUAACCCCUUAACCACUAGGCUAACUGGAGACCGUAGAUGUAGUGCUUGAAUGAAAUGUUGGUGAUUGGAUUCGCCGCUCGCAAUACGCGUUCUCCAGCUUUGAGUUAGCGAACCUUCUGAAUAGUUGCUGCAUUUAAGUCAACAUGCUGCCAUUCAUGAGCCAAGAUCCUAACAAGUGCGGCUUCAUUCAAAGCUCUCACGGUCCAAGAUCCGACUUUCCAUUCGUUGUACUUAAUUCGUUGGCUCUGAUCUGUUCCAGUUGAAUCAAUCUACCAGCUCUACUUUUGCUUUUCUUGGUAGUUAUAUCCCAAUAUUUUUGAAGUAUAAUAGGAAAUGGGCUUCGUUAAAAUUAUUGUUUAAUAUCGUUACCAGCACAAAUUCAAAAAAUAAAAAUCCUCGAAAGCUGGAUGGCAAACAACGGGUUAUAAAUACAAAACAAAGUUCACUAUAUUUUCCCAAGGAGUCGUUAAUAAACAGUAAUAAUGAGUAAAGCCAAAUGACCAAUGCUACCGUGUGCAGCAUAGUUUUCCCAUACCUAUUCUAUGGGAGUCCCUAUUAGCAUGAGACAACAACGUAUGUUGCACGUGGCAGAAUGUGCAACACGAUUUUUCGAGCCACCCCAACAGGUACGACUACCUAGUACAACAAAGCUGGUUUCCAAACGGAGGUACACACAAAGAGUGCUUCCCAUCGCAUGAAUUGGUAAUUUCUUAGAUCAGAUAGCUAUAGAUACAUAGCCACGUAAUGUAAGUAUGUGUUGUUCCCAUCAAUUAGGAAUAGAAGACCAGCAGGACAGAUUGAGAGCAUCGUGAGGUCUUCCUAGUAAAAGUGAUUGAAACCGACAAAUCAUCCGACAAGGAUGUUUAUUGUGUAUACAAAUCAUUGGGACAGAAACAGCUCUGGGUACACACAUGUCGGUGUAUUGAAUUUCCUCUCCGUUGAUUGCAUGUGGUCGACCACUCGAACAGGUGUGUCGUUUUGUCUAUAGACCGGGCGUACUGGUACUAUCCCUAUUGUAUAACGACUUUCGACACGUGCAACUCGUUCCAGGAAGACAUACAUAUACACUGAGCACUUGUGAUGGACUAUGAACAUUGUUUUUAAAAAAUAUUAUUUUUAUAUUACAGGAACAUAUACCAACUGAAGUUGAAACAUUCUUUGAUCAUCACCGGACUUUAUUCUUUGUACAGUGGUUAACAACAGCUUCUCAGAUAAAACCGCUGGCUCAGCUUGAUAAAAACGCAGCCCACGUGAAUGAAACUGAAUGUUGUAGAUAAACGCAUAGAGGCGCAAAAAUACGUGGAGAGUGAGGAAAACAUCAAUGAUUUACAUGUUACGUAGAGGCGUUGGAAAUUGAGACAUGGUAUUGGGGAAGGUAAAAAUUGAUUCGAUUCAAAUAGGAUAUGUAUAUCUUUAAAACAAUUAAGUUGCAGAGAAUAAUGAUGGCGUGUUUUUGGAAUAUAACUUUGUUUGAACUGUUAAAAAAAUCCUGUAAUUUGAAUUCAGUGACAAAUAAGCCACUGAAUACGAACCCCAAGAUAGUUAACAGAUUGAUGACUGAACAAAUGGGUAUAGUAAAACAUGGUUGUGUGGAUUUCAGGAUAGUAGGGAGGUUUCAAAAAAUCCCCAGUAUUAUGCCUGUCCAACCUUCUGAAACCACGGGUUAUAAGUCAGACUCCAUAACAAUUCGAAAAGAAACACGCUGCGUUAAGAGAUUCAAGUCCAGAUUUGGAUUAUAAUAUUAUCGAACUACCCAAAAUGUAAGGCCAUUCAUUGAAAAAAUAGUCGAAACGAAUAGACGAAGAUUCACAGACAAACAGACGUAUCGCUUUGAACAAGUUGCGAUAAAAAUCAUCGUCUCGAAAACAUGAUUGCAGUGCCAGUGCAAUUGAGCUAGCGUUAUUGGCUACAGUUUGUCCUAGAACGAAUAAUUGUGCAGUAGCAUCAUACUGUGGUAAGCAUAUUCCGAAAGCAAAGCAUCCAGUUGCUUGGGCAAACUCUCACAACAAAGCCGCAAUCCUGAUUUUUUUUUUAUUCAAGUGCGCCAUCUUGGAAACUCUGGUCACCAUUUUUGGACUUCGGACUUCUUCCCCAUAGAGAUAAGUGACAUUUCAACACACGAACACCAGCGUGAUUUUUUCCAUACACAACCGGGAUGAGAGUGCACAUAUUUUCCCCCAAGUUUCACAACUACAUCUACAAAAGAGACGCUCAUACAUUUGAACGUGAUUACUACUAUACCAGAUAUACACGGGAAAAUACAUUCCCCUCAUCAUGAAUAAAAAAUCAUAUUCUUAUGAUGUCUGCCAAGUCAUAAUAUCAGUUAUAAUUCAUAAUAUCAUGAACGAGUUUACCAGAAUCAUGAAUAGAAACAAGCAUUUUCAUAAAUUAUAUUCAUGGUCACUUCUUAACGUCUCACUUAUCUGCCAUAUGUAAUUAUACAGGGUGUUAGGUUCAGGCAGACAAUUAAACGUUCCAUAAUAAAUACAAAAUUUCCCAUAAAUAAUUCAAAAAGUCCCAGUGAAGAAACAGGGCUGUAAGCAGUAAUAAAUAACAAAAGUUCCAUAAACAAAUAAAAAAAUGCAUAAAUAAUUCAAAAGUUUCAAUAAAAAAUUGAUUUUUGAGCAAUUAAAAACGUCAAAAAUGCAAUGAAUAAAUCAACUGUUGCAAUAAAAAAAGCCAUUUUUCCCACCAAAUAACUUCGAAUUUUCCAUAAAUAAAUCCGAUUUUUCCAUAAUAAAUUAGAAAAUUCACAAUAAAAAAAUAUCGAAUAAGCAAUAAAAAAUUCAAAAAAUGCAAUAAAAAAUGACGAAAUUACCCAUGAAAAACUACUGCAGGAAAUUAUGAGACAGUGAAAUGCUGAAUCGCACUUAUAUGACUGAAACGACUGAAAAGCUUGCGUAACUAUGAUUGCAAUUUAUCGAGCAAUUGCUUGCUGUCCGAACUCGCUAUCGCUCGUCGGACCUAAAAAAGGGAUAACAUCUAUGUUUGCAUUACACCGGCACGGUGCCCCCACAGACCGUUAUUAUAAAAUAAAAAUGUCCAUCAAAACUAAGUUCAGGGAUCGAAUCCUGGUGCCAUUCUGCACCUCUGGGCAAAUUUUUAAAAUAAUCCCUAGGAGGAAUCUCGAGAAAUCUCGAUUUGAUGUUUUAUACUAAGAAAUUUCAAAGAAAUCCAUGUUUAGAUUCAACAAUAUCGCUUAAAUACCUACAAAAAAUGUCCCCAAAGUAUUCAAAGUUGUUUCAAACCAGUAUAUAUUUACCAACGCAACUUUUAUUAUACAUAUUUACUACUCACCCAACUCAAUUAACUGACUAAACUUACAUAAGUAUGUUUUUCCAAGCCAUGCAUCGGUUUUAACGUAAGCAUUAAAAAGCGAUUUUCCCUAUUGUUUUAUGAACAUAUUACAAAUCCCAGUGUUAUACAUUAAAAUUUUCCCUAAUUCUACAACAUGUUUACUAUAUUUCGAGGAACCAACCCUCCGAAGACCACAAAGGGAUCUUAGAUAUGUGGAAAAAGUUAUUGACUGAAAUCCGAAUACCGUCGUUGGGGGUGAGAAUGGGUCAAAAAAGGAUACUCAGAGAUUGUUUGUUAAAUAACAAAUGCAGUUGAAGUCAGAAUAACUUUUUAUCUGGUAUGUAUACUCUUCUAUAUGGUAAUGAUAGUUUAGCAAGAAAGUAUCACAUUAUAUUAAUUGUCUACUAAACUACAAAUGAUUGAAAAUUAACCCAAUCUCACCCCUUAGAGGGGGUGAGAAUGGGUCAAAGUAUUCGAAGUCGCCUAUCUAAGAAUACAAGUUAAUUUUAUUGAUCAUAUCUAGUAAACCUACUUAAAAUACGAUGUAACCAUGACGAAUAAAAACUUAGGUAAUUUUAAAAGAUGAUUAAUCCACCUAAAAGGGCUAAUACAAUCGAAAAAAUGGUUGAAACUUGAUAAAAUAAAGUUUGUAUGUUGUAUCGCCAUUUUUAGCCACCAUAAUCAUCCACAUUUAAUGUUCCAACCUCCAUGAGAGGAGGGGAGAUUACAAUGAGGGAGAGGCGCAUUAAAAGAUUUAUUGAAAAAAAAAAUGAUAUUUUUCGACGUUCGUUCGUCUUUCGAAAUUUUGUCAUGUUACCGGUUUUAUGGCUCCGUAUUUCCUGGAUGCCACAACCGUCUGGUAGUUUCACGAUAUUUCCUUAAAAUUUAAAAAAUGAGUGGAGAAGAAAAACGCUAUCAAGUAUAUUUUGUGAGCUUACGAUAUUGCAGUACACUAAAAAUUAGCUGAUGAUCUUCUUCUUCUUCUUCUUCUUCUUCUUCUUGGCGUAACGUCCUCACUGGGACAAAGCCUGCUCUCAGCUUAGUGUUCUAUGAGCACUUCCACAGUUAUUAACUGAGAGCUUCCUCUGCCAAUGACCAUUUUGCAUGUGUAUAUCGUGUGGCAGGCACGAAGAUACUCUAUGCCCAAGGAAGUCAAGGAAAUUUCCUUUACGAAAAGAUCCUGGACCGACCGGGAAUCGAACCCGUCACCCUCAGCAUGGUCAUGCUGUAUACCCGUGCGUUUACCGCCUCGGCUGUAUGGGCCUUAGCUGAUGAUCAUAGGAGCUGUCAAAACGCAUGGGUUUAUUGUUAUAAAUGAUUUUAGGCACUAAACGUAUGAACACACUCGUUUGGCACUUCUUCGACAUAUAUUCUAAAAAAGCGUGCUUUUAUGAAGAUACGGUAAACAUGGCACCACUCUAACGUCAAAUGGGGACUGGAUAACAAGUUGAAUUUUUAGUUAAGGUUAUGUGCACUCGAUAACUUGCUUGGCCCAAUCUCACUCCCAUUCUUAAUAUUUAGACAUAGGGUCGAAAAUAUUGAAAUUUUAAUAAAAAGUGCAUUGACAGUCCGCUUUUUUUCGUUGCAUCAACCAGGUAAUACCUACAGCUAACCACUUUUAAGAAAAUUUAUGGUUAGGUACUUGUGUGAAACAUUACGAAGGAGAAUUUUUUUCAGAGUGAUUUACUAGUAGUUUCGUCAUAUUAGUUUAGCCACAAAUUUAACAAAAAAAACGAUUAUUGCUAAACAUCUUAUUCUGCAUCAUGAUGUGUAAAAACAUCUUCUCUUUGAAAUAAUAUAAAGUUUUCAAUAUAAAUUAGCGAUAGUUGAUGAGCUAUUUCAAAUUUUAUGCUUCUCCGUUUUGACCCAAUCUCACCCCCCAGACCCAUUGUCACCCCCAUCGACGGUAGCACGGAAACGCUGUUUAACAUGUAAGGAAUAACAAUAAAUAAUCAAAUCUCGUCAUUUUAUCGAUCGGGUAAAGCUUCAUAACUUUUUUCCAUGAACUUCGAAUCGCUUUGAGGUCUUCGGAGGUCUAAUUCAUCGUGAAGUUUGCUACAGAAAUCAUUCAUCGAAUUAUUCUUAGGGACCAAGGGGUGACCUCAAGCGAUUUUUCAUUGAAGAAGUAAAUUUUCUCAUAAAAUCGUCUGAAAAACUAAGAAUAACGGGCGCAAAAAAAAUAGUUUUCCCGAUCGACCUGAUAUUUUGCACAGUUGAUAUGGGACCAAAAUGGAACUCAAAAAGUGUACAAGAACUAGACUUUUUGCAUUUUUUAUAUUUUCCCAUAUAAACCGUGUCCCAUUUUAUUACAUAUACGUCGUAGUUUCCUGCCCUUUCAAAAUUGGUGUACUAUUAGAUCUUUAUUUAACACAUAUUUCUCAGUAAAUUUUCAAGUGAUCAUGUGCAAGAAUAUGUAGCACUUUUCAUUCAAAAAAAAAAAAAAAUGUUCAAAGUUCUAGGCAAUGCAAAUCAAAGAUAAUCGUACACACCGUAGAUGCUACUCCGUAAUUGACCAGACCAAUUGAAGUUGCACAGAGAACCAAUGAAAGCAAGGCUUGGGACUAGCUAACCAUUCUCAAUGUGCACAAUUCGAGAGUUCAAUAAUUGAAAGUCAAUAACGGCGCUGGCCACGUCCUUACGGUCAUCGGAUCGAUUAUGUGUCAUACUCGCCCCAUAUAGGAGCGAUACAUUUACAGCAAAGAACAAUACAAUUACUAAACACUGAGCGCCCCUGUUCAAAAUGCUAAGCAAUAUCGAAAAAAGUAUAAAUUUGUUUUUGACUAUUGUGACUGAAAACGUUAUUAAUUUUAAGAAAACUGCCUUCAAAGACCUACUCCGGUUUUCUAACCCUAACGUUGGUAACCAAAAGCACACAUGACAAGCAACGUUUUUUGCACCUUUUUUUUCUGACUUUUGUGCACUGCCAAAUGUUUGGUAUGUCAGUUUAAUCAGUUAAUUGAUUUAGAUGAGUAGUAAAUAUGUAUAAUUGAAGUAACGUUAUUAAAUAAAUACGGGUUUGAAACAACUUUGAACACUUUAGGAAAAGUUUGUGUAGGUAUUUAAGCGAUAUUGUCCAAUCUGAACAUGGAUUUCUUCGAAAUUUCUUAGUAUAAAAUAUCAAAUCGAGAUUUCUCGAGAUUCCUCCUAGGGAUUAUUUUAAAAAUUUGCCCAGAGGUGCAGAAUGGCACCAGGAUUCGAUCCCUGAACUUAGUUUUGGUGGACAUUUUUAUUUUAUAAUAACGGUCUGUGGGGGCACCGUGACCGGGCAAAUUCUUGGAUCUGUGGUUUGCCUAGAACUGAAUCGAUGCAGUUACGGUGCAUCGGAUAUCGGAAACUUCGGCGGCCUUCUGCCGCCUCAGUUCCUCAAUCCUCUAUGCGGCUUCGCCGCAUGGUCUACUUCAUUUUUUGGCUCAAAAUGCAUUUACGUGUAUUGCUCAUUUUUCGACAUUUAUUGAUUAUUUAUAUUUUCGUUUAUUGCACUUUUUGAAUUAUUUAUUGCUUUAUCGAUAUUUUUUUAUUGUGAAUUUUCUAAUUUAUUAUGGAAAAAUCGGAUUUAUUUAUGGAAAAUUCGAAGUUAUUUGGUGGGAAAAAUGGCUUUUUUUAUUGCAACAGUUGAAUUAUUCAUUGCAUUUUUGACGUUUUUAAUUGCCCAAAAAUCAAUUAUUUAUGGAAACUUUUGAUUUAUUUAUGCAUUUUUUUAUUUGUUUAUGGAAAUUUUGUUAUUUAUCACUGCUUGCACCCCUGUUUCUUCACUGGGACUUUUGGAAUUAUUUAUUAAGAAUGAUGACUUUCUUAUGAGUCGUUUAUAUUUUAGCCGUUAGGUUCAUGAGUGCAAACUUUUUAAAGGGUGAUAGAGGACCAUAUAUGGCAAAAAAAAUUGUUCUACGCAUAUGGUCAAAUCUCAACCGUUACGUUUUGAUUAUUAUUGCCAUUUUAAAGUUAUAGCCAGUUAUAUAACUUUAAAAUGGUCAAACUUAUUACAGUUUUUUUACCCUUUUUCGAAAGAUUAUUGAAGUUUCUAUCAAAUUGGCAUCUUCGAAUCGAUUGGUUUAGUUAAAUAACUAAGUUUCUAGAGCAGGGGUUCUCAAACUUUUUCAGCUUGCGACCCACUUUUGAUUUUUGCAGUAUUUGGCGACCCACCAGCAUGUAUUUCCAUAACGUGUCAUUUUUUGAAAAUUUGGGCUGCCUUUUUCAAUAAAUACAUAUGAUUGCUUUCAUAGGUUAACUUACGUCACGUAGUACUUAAUCUCACUAUUUUUAUGUUUUUUUUUUUCAUUUUAAAUGCUUUCUUUUUGUGUUUUUUUUUUUUUGGUAAUGUCAAAAUAAGUUAAGGUACCCAAGUAAUCAGUAUCAGUAAAUUCUAUGUGUCAACGAUUUGAGACAACCUUGCCUGUUUCUAAUAAAAAAAUAUUGGUCUGGCUGCAUGCACAACUACAGAACACCACAGAUUUUAGUUGUUGAAAAUAUAGGGGCUAUUACCUAUAUGCAUUAGUGUGGGUCAUCGGAAGCGUUUUCUCAGAUCAAAGCUUUUUUGUUUCCGUUUCGGGUCCUGAGUAUCUGUGCAAAAUUUGAGCACGAUCGGUUGCGUAUACACUUUGCGCAAUGCAAUUGAAAUUUGUAUGGGAUUUUGUAUGGGAAAACAUACUUUUUUGCAUUUUGGCCAUAAGUUGAAAAAUUUUGUCUGAAACUUUUUAACCGAUACUGUAAAAUGAUAGCCUAGGAUGUUCUGAAGAACUUUGUUGAAGACCGCAAAGCGAUCCGAUGCUUGUGAAAAUAGUUAUAACCAACGAACCUCAUGCAUGUGUUUAUGUUUUAACAUGUAAAGGAAUAACAAUAGCAACAAAAUCAUGAUGUUUCGCCAAGCAAUGCCAACGCUAUAACUUUUUUCAUAAGCAUCAGAUCACCUCGCGGUCUUCGACAAAGUUUUUCAGAACACCCUAGGCUAUGUUUUAACUUUAACGGUUACACGGUUUCAGAAAAAUUCGAGCUUGUUAUGAGAGAAAUACAAAAAAGUGUGUUUUCCCAUGUAAAACCCCAUACAAACUUCAAACGCGAUGCGCAAAACGUAGACAUAACCGAUCGUGCCAAAAUUUUGCACACUAAUUUGGGUCCUGAAAUGGAAUCAAAAAAGCUUUGAUCUGAUGGGAUACCAUUGAAUUUUUCACUUUUCCAUAUAAACGAUGACCCACUCUAAUAUGCAUCUGCAGCACUUAAAAAAAAUCCUUCAAAAAAUACGAAAAUUGUUCGAUUUUUUUUUUAGUUUUCACGUGAUUUUUUUUGAAUACAUCAAAAAGAUCGGCAAGUGGGUAAACAUCAUGCAGAGAUUUUAGAAUAAUAGUUCUGCUGGAUGGUUUGAUAAGUUCUGAUUUCUGUAAAAGUUCAGAUUAUCGAAAUUCAACAGAAUUUUAUCGAAGUUAAGCUGUGCCAAAGUUCGAUUAAAAUAAACAGAUAAUUUGAUAAAGAUCACCAAACGUUCGUUGUUCUCCUGUCGAAAUUUGUCUUUUUUUGUUGAUUUUAUGGUAUUUUUUUCUGAUAUUCUAACUACUGGGCUUAGCUGAAAAUCUUAUUGAAAAUUCUAACUGCAAGCAACAACUUGAACUUAUUUUUUCCAGAACACAAGGAAAAUCUAUUUUGUUCAGAAUCUCAAACCUUUUGAUUGAAAACACAAAGCUUAAGAAACAAUUUCAGAAUCCAGAGAGUAGUUUUAAUAUUCAAUUUAAUCUAAAACCUAAAUUCUAGAAAUAAUUUUGUCGAUUCUUUAAGAGAGUGUUUGUACAUUAGAAAAUGGAUGACAAUACCAUUUGACAUAAAAUAAUCAGGACAAUCAUUACUAUAUUGCCAAAGUCUUCGCGACCCACCAAAAAUCAGCCCGCGACUGUUCCACUCUACAAUUCGUUGCCGCCAAACUUCUAGCUCUUAUCGUUUUCUUGCAAUUUUGAUUUAAAUGUGCGGCACAGUGCGCAAAAAAGUGCUUACCAUGACAGUUGCAAAUUUAUGAUCUGAAAUGCGAUGUUUAAAUCAAAAUUGCAAGAAAACGAUAAGAGAUAGAAGUUUGAUGUCAAAGAAUGAAUUGUAGAGUGAAAUAGGGGUCACAACUUUACCUAAGAAAUAAUUUUAAUUUAUUACGUAUUUUUCAAACAUAAUUGACAAAAACAAAUUAAAACACACUACUUUUGAGCUAUUUGCUCAAGAAAACUUAGUUAUUCAACUAAACCAAUCGGUUCGAGGUGCCAUUUGAUAGGAAAUUCAAUAAUCUUUCAAAUAAGGGUCAAAAAACUUUAACAAGUUUGACCAUUUGCAAGUUAUAGCCAGUUAAGCCAAUAAGAGUCAAAAUCAUGGGAAGUUCAAUAACUACGUAACGGUUGAGAUUUGACCAUAUGUGUAGAACAAUUUUUUUUUCACCAUUUAUGGUCCUCUAUCAUCCUUUAAAAAUUUUGCACUCAGAAACCUAACACCCUGUAUAAUUCGUCCAGCAUAAACAUGUGAAAAAAUGAACAGGCGCCAUUUUGAAUUUUAAGCCGGCAUCUUGGAAUUUCUGGUCUCCAGUGCCAAUUUCCACACAAAAUUCAUCAACCACGCUAAAGGUUACAAAAAUCGCCGCAGUUCGAUGUGUCGCAUGAUGGGGCUUGGUUAAGUUUUAUAUACGGCCAGUUCUACCGGUCCUGGUCCGGCCAUCACUGAAAUGGCCAUAACUCCGAAACGCCUUGACCGAUCCGGACCAUUUUGUAUAGCAAACAAUGCAAACAAAGCAACAAAUUCCGAUUCGGUUUGAGCUAAAAUCCGUAAAAUCUGUCGAUGGGAAGUGCCUUAAAAGUGAGUGAACUUAUUUUGCGCACAUACAUACACACAUACAGACAUAAUCUCAAUUCGUCGAACUGAGUUGAUUGGUAUGUAUAUAUGCGACUUGAUCCUCCGAACAUUUUUUUCGAAAAAUCCUUUUUUGAGUGAACAUAUAGCGUUUCCAGUACAAUUAUGGUACGAGAAAGGCAAAACCAUAAAAAAUGUACUAAAAACCUUUGGCCUUGAGCCUUCUUUAUCCUUUUAUUUUCCUUCGAUGUAUGUUAUGUAUUUUCUAAUUGGUAUCGAUCGCCUACGAUCGUUAACACAACUGUAAAUGAUUUCCAGCUAUAUACCUCCAGUAAGAGCCAAAGUAAAUUAUCGAACAUGCAUAAAGAGUAGAAUGUUUUGAUCCCUCGAGGGAACUGCACCGAGUCCUCAUUAUUUUACCGGCAAAGCUUGUUAUCAUAUGGCGACCGUGACAGAGAGUUUUGAGUUAAAGAGUAAGGUUGCAAAAAAAAACAACAGCACUCGACGAGUGGGUUUUGUCUUUCCACCGUAGCGCUUUUGAUGUUAAAGCUUUAUAUCCGUACGAAAAGAUAUGAAGAGUGAUUCAUCACUCACUCAGGUUGAAUGGGCGAGGUUCAACAAUAUUGUUUUCCCCUGUCAUUAUAUGUAACUCAAAAAACAAAGCCUAUCACGCACUUAUUAUUUUAUAUACAACCGUUAUUUUCAAAAUGCUCAAACGGGAGAAUGUUGUGCCGUAGAGGGAUUGGAAACAGAUAGUAUAUUUUUUGCUCUUUUUAAAUUCCUACUUAUCACUCGACUGCAUUCUCUGUCGAUUGAUACCAUGUUUCAAUGAACUUUGUUGAUUUUUGGCCACGAAACGUAAACAGAGCCUUUCUCGCAUGGGACGAAAUAAAUUAAAUCCUUCCCACUAUUACAACCCCUUUACUAUGGCCCAUUUCAUAAGCCCAAAAGAAAGCGUUGUCCUGCUAGAAGUUUUAUUGGACACAACGAUCCAGUUUUCAUCUCAUGGUACCGCAGUGUGUCCUUCAGGCGAAAGUUCAAAGUUUUGUUGCGAUUUUUCUGAACUAUGUGCAUACGAGCUGAAGUUUCUUCCUUAUAAACCACAAAACCAAUUCACAUCCUUAUUUUAUGGCUGGUCAACAAGUUUGAUUAGUUACAGACCCAUAAAAAUCUGCGUUUCUUAAUUGGGACUUUAUGCAAAUGGUACAUGGCGAUACGACUGGGGUGUGUCGUACCGUACCGUACAAAGGAAAACCCCCAAUCUGUCGUUAUAUUUGAUGAUAUUAAUGAGCUGUCGCCAAGCGAUUCUGAGGCUCGUAGUAUGAUACCCUUUUGAAUAUUUUCACAAUGGCAUCGAGAAAAGCAGUCAUAUCAAAUGAAGCGCAAAAUCUUUUAUUUGUUGGUACGUCUAGCCUGGCGUCGAAAUAAUUGACGGCCAACUUUUCAUGAUUUUUAAUUGUUCAUUUCUUUUCAACAUUGAUUGGAGCUGUCACUGCGGUGCUCGAGUUACUUAACAUAAUAUUCUAAGUAUAUUGUAGAUGCUUUAUUGUCUCUGAAUGGUAAUGGAGUUAUUUCGCGAAGUAAAUAAAUAGACCGGAUUUACUGGUACCGUAAAAUGGGGUAACUUUGACAGUUUUUUAGCGAAUUUUCUUAAUAUUUUUCCACGUAACAGUAUUUUCCAUACUUUUAUAUUUUUAAAACACGUACUGGGGUAUCAGUUAUCAAUUGCAAUUGAAAGAUUUGAUGAUUUUAAAUAUUUUGGGUGACUUUGAGUUUUCCAUAUGAGCGAAAAUAAGAUUUUCAUUUUGGGGUAACUUUGAUAGUGGCCUGAAAAACACAUCAAAUCUUAAAAAAAACAAUCACAGAUUGAAAUCUUGGGAAUAUGAACAUGAUGAGAGAAGCCUUGUGGAAAAUAUCAGAGAUUUUUUAUAUCAAAACAUUGAUUUUUACUGAAUUUUACAUAUAAAAAUGAGUUUGUGAAGUACUGAGUGAAAAACACAGUGAAUUUAGCUGCCAAAAAUCAUUAUCUAUGUAAAAACAUAUGUUUAACGUUACAUCAACAUAUGUUUGCAUGCUAUUCAUGAUGAGUUUUCUUAUUUUUUUGGGUAUUUUUUAAUGUUCUUCUAAUAAAUUUUGAAUAACAUAGAUUUAUCUACAUGAAAUUACAAUGGUAUUGCAUACUUUUAGGCGUUUAUUGGUGCAUGGAGAUUUAUGUUUCAAUUUACAAAAUUGAGUCCAGUUUGUAAAAACGCACUUCGUUAAGAGAUUCAAGGCCAGAUUUGGAAUCUACUAUGAUGGAUCUACCGAGAAUAAGAGGCAAUUCAUGGAAAAAAAUGUUGAAACAGAGCUGAACAGCAGAUUGUUUGAAGGGUUUGACAAAUGACAAAAAUAUCAUCAAUUUUUAUUUUUAGCCCAAAAAGUUAAAUAUAAACUCGGUUUUAAUGAAAAUUCGUUUAAGAUGGACUUUCAUAUGUAUAGUUUUGAUCUACGUUUGCCUUUUUCUUAACUGGUUAAAGGAAUCGUAGUUAUAAGGUAAUCUGUACCAUGCCUGUCGCACUAUCAAAGUUACCCGCAUUAUCAAAGAUAUCCCAUUUUACGGUACACUGAGCCUAUAUGAACAAGGAAGCUUCUAACUGUUGUAAUCACAGUUUUUAAAAGGUUUUUAAGAGAAUCUGCUACUUUACACCUGAGAGCAAAUCAGUUUCAAAGUUUAAUCUAAUCGGUGUAUAUUGAUUGAGUAAAGGCUUUCAACCAUCUCAAUCUCAACCAAUUGUGAGGAGCCCUUGGACCCAACAGUUAUAAAAAAAAACAGAACAUUCUUAAAGCAGAAGUGUUGCCCUCCCCUUUUCACUUGAUCAAAUAAAUAAAACUCUUCUCAUUAGUAAAAUGCAUUCCAUGAACCACACUCUCCAACUUCAACUGACGUCUGUUCUGUGUCAAAGCCCCAGAUUAACAUUUGAAAGUAAGCACCCAAUUAUGCGAGUCUUCCCACUCAGCCGACGUUUGAUUAAUAAUAGCUCGGAUUCUGGGUGCUUUUGGUUCGAACACGGCAAUCCCACCAGCCAGCGGGUUUUCACACGACGACGUAACGUUCUGUACAUUAUUGCUCGAAUGGAGCACAUUUCGCGACAGGUGGCGGAAGAAGCCAGAGAAACACAAGCAAGCAGGCAGGUUAGACAAGCUGUUGCUCGCGCUUUCCGCCUGCAUGUACAAAUACUGAUGCUCAUGAUUGUAUGGACAUCUAUUUGAAUAAAAUAAACUGGAAUCUAAACAAUACUUCCUACUCUAAGAAAGGGAUACUAAUUUGAAAUUGUACUAUAUUAUUAGAUCAUCAAUUUGUAUGUGCCUUCCAGGCACCACCAAUCCGACCUUUGCUGCUUCACGUUUCAGGUGGGUGUACAGUUCUGCCUUCCAGGGAGAUGUUGAAUAGAAGGCAGGAGAGUCCAUCACCUUGUCGCAGUCCCCUUCGAGAUUCGAAAGAAUCGAAUAGUUUACAGUUUACCCGAAAUCCUUACGCUGUUUGCACACCGUCCAUCGGUGCUCUUGCUCUUAUCAGGCUGGUAUGCUUGCUGGGAAAGCUGUUCUCGUCCAUGAUUUUCCACAGCUCUGUGCGGUCGAUACUGUCGUAUGCCGUCUUGAAGUCGAUGCACAGGUGGUGCGUUGAGACAUGGUAUUCACGGCAUUUCUAGAGGAUGGCAAUACGGUGAAGGUCUGGUCCGUUGUCGACUGGCCGUCGAUGAACCCCACGAACUCAUUUACUUUAGGUGAAAGACGACAGAAGAUGGUCUGGGAUAGCACUUUGUAGGCGGCAUUCAAAAUGGUGAUAGCUCGAAAAUUGUCACACUUGCCGCCUUUCUUGUGGAUGGGACAGAUUAUCUCAUCCUUCCACUCCUCCGGUAGCUGUUCGGCUUCCCAGAUCUUGACUACUAACCGGUGCAGACAGGUGGCCAACUUUUCUGGGCCCUGCUGCGAUAUCGUCCUUACCAGCCGCUUUAUUAUUUUUGAGCUGUAUGGAUGGCAUCCUUUAUUUCCCUCAGCGUGGGAAUUGGUUCGUUCCCGUCCUCUGCUGUGCCAACAUAGUCAUUUCCUCCACUGCCUCAAUCCCCCGUGCAUACAUUCUCUUCGUCAUUUAGGUGAUCGUCAAAGUGCUGCUUCCACCUUUCGAUCACCUUACGUUUGUUCAUCAGGAGGCUCCCGUCCUCCUUUGCGGGAUGCGUUGAGCUUCUGGUAGAAUUUAUGUGUUUCUUGUGAACGGCACAGCGGUUCCAUUUCAUCGCCCUCCGCUUCCUCCAGGCGGCGCUUUUUCCCCCGGAAGAGGCGGGCCUGCUGCUUCCGCUUCUGUUUGUAUCGCUCCAUAUUGUGUCAGGUUCCGUGCUGCAGCAUUACCACCCGCGCUGCGUCAUUCUCCUCCAAAACCGCUCUGCACUCCUCGUCGAACCAAUGGUUCCGUUCUACGUACCCGUUAGUGCUCUCGGCUACGUUGCUGAUGGUUGCUUUGACUGUACUCCAGCAGUCCUCUAGAGAGGCCACAUUGAGCACACCCUCGACCGGCAACGCUGCCUCAACAUUCUGCGCAUAAGCGGUUGCGACGUCUGAUUGCUUCAGUCGCUCUGGACCGUAUCGGGGCGGCCGCCGAUACUGCACAUUAUUAAUUAGCUCUGUUUAACCAUCACCAGAUAGUGAGCAUAGUCGAUGUUAGCGCCACGAUAGGUCCGGACGUCGAAAAUGUGGGAGAUGUGUCCCACAUCCCGUUUGUUGUGGUGAUCUCCAGGUGUAACGAUAGGGGAGGCUGUGCUAGAAUAAGGUGCUACGAAUGGCGAUGCUCUUGGAGGCGGCGAAAUCUAUGAGGUGUAGGCCAUCUUCGUUCGUCAGUUAGUGAGCGCUGAACUGUCCAAUCGUCGGUCUGAAUUCCUCCUCCUGGCCUACCCAUUAAGGUCUCCUAUGAUAAUCUUGACGUCAUGGCUUGGGCAGCGAUUGUAUUCGCGUUCGAGCUGCGUGUCAUCAUCAGUGCUUCCGGAAUGAGAAUUGUGCACGUUUAUUAUGAUUAUGUUCAAUCGGCCCUUGAUCCUCAACUUUCACAUUCUUUCGUCGAUCGGCCACCAACUGAUUACACGACUCUGCAUGUCGCCCAUCACCAUAAAAGAUCUUUCAAGCUCACGUGUGUUGCCGCAACUCUGGUAGAUGGUAUGAUUACGUUCACCUUAUAGAUCCUGUCCAACACACCUCCUGCGGCGCUACCAUUCCGAACUCAGGGUCCUUCAGUAAAUCGGAGAGUAUGCGGGUGCCCCCGAUGAAGUUGAGAGAUAUGCAGUUCCACGUACCGAGCUUCCAAUCGCAAGUCCCCUUUCGUCGCUCGUCGCCAUUGGUAUCGGUUCGCAUUCUUCUCUUGAUGAUUUUUAGGUGCUUGUCUUUUUACGGCUGGCUUACCAACCUACUAACUGGGCUUACCUUCCCGGAAGCUACGUGUUGUGCAUUAGCAUUUAUUCCAACUAAAGUGCUAAACCCAAGUAACAAUUUUAAUUCUAUUUGGUUUUAUUUGUUUUUAUGAUAGUUUUAUCCUAACAUUGCAUAUUCUAGUUGAUCUUAUCGGAGUUUCAGUUGAGCACAACUAUUCUUCGUCAAUAUGUGGUUUUAAAAACACCUCCAAGAAUACUUGAGGUUCAGUUCAUAAAACCAUAAACACAACAAGAACUGUUGAACUUAUUUUCAGUUUUAUAAGGUUCUAGUAGUUAUCUUCAAUCAUCCGUUCUUGAUCAAUAGCAACUGUUCUCGCAUAAGAACAGUUUGGUACAUGAAAAACACAAGAUGUUGCGACGCGGUGAUAGGUUUGAGAACAACAUUGAACAGGCCUAGUAUAGAAAGAGGGAAAGUAAACAGAGAUCAGUUGCAGGAUUGAUAUAAAACGAAGGGUAGCGCCAUUGCGAUAGGUUCAACCGAAAACUAGUGAAAUAGUGCGAGAUAGUUGUGUCUGUUUAUUGAGAUUACUAGUCGGGAAUUACAGUGAGCAGAGGAAGUGCAAAAGUCUAUUGGGUAAGCAUUUAAAGUGAAGUGAAAGAUAAAGAUGAAAUAAUGUAUCCCAAAACACUUUCCCAGCCGCGGUAAAUUGAUUGCCGAUUCGUACCAGCAGAAGCCUGUGAAGAGUAUAGGGGAGAAAGGUCAACACUGGUACACUGUGAGUUGAAUCAGAAAGAUAAAACCAAAAAGAUAUUUACCUGAACAAUUAAUGUGAACAUCUACAUCUCUCCGGUCAGGUUAGGGUAAAGGCACCAAAUAUCGACUCGGGAUAAGUUGGCAUAGAAAUAGUGGGAAAGGAAACCACUUCUUGUGAGUAUUUAGUUUAAGUUAGUUUAGAAAUAUUAUAAUAAUUCGUUGAAUAAAUUUCAGUUUUAAGCGUUGCUGAAAACCAAUCGGCUGCUUUAAAAAUUGAAAUUUAUUCAACGAAUUAUUAUAAUAUUUCUAAACUAACUUAAACUAAAUACUCACAAGAAGUGGUUUCCUUUCCCACUAUUUCUUUGCCAGAUUUGUACGUGAACUAAUACUACAACUU